GCAGGUACAGCAGGCUUUAAGUCUGUGUAGAGAGUUCAGAUGGACUGCUUUACUGCUGCUGCUUCAUGCUGGAUACAGCUUGAUAAACAGUGGAGUUUAAUCUUGUACAUUUUAAAGUAUGCUUAAGGUUCACAGCAGAACAGGAAACCAGGGUUUCUCUCUGCAGUUUUCACACUUUGAGUGAAUCUGUCAGCCAUGGAGUCCAAUCUGUCACAGCUGUCCUCUAUUGAGGAUGAAAACCUUUACAUUCAGCCUCAUUACAAAGAGUCCUACCGCCUGGCCAUCUACGCCCUGCUAUGUGGAGGUAUAGAGGCCUACGAGGAGUAUCUGCGGGCUGAGCAGAUCAGCCACUUUCUGUCUGAGGAGGAGAUUCGCUUCAUCUUAGAAAAUGCAGAGUUACCUGUUAUGGAGGAAAAUUCAGGAUGUUCGCAGGACACAGACAGGGUCAGCCCCUCUACCUACUUCCCCAGUGAGUCUGAUAAGGAGGUGCCGGAACUGGAGCUGGGCUGGCCAGAAGUCAUGCUGGAAGAGUUGGACACCAGCAUCAGCCUGCUGUUUCACCCGCCCAGACAGAACAUUCCAACCAUUAAAGAGGUGGUCCGGAAACAGAUUCAGCAGGCGCGUCAGAUUAUUGCCAUAGCGAUGGAUGUUUUCACUGAUGUGGACAUUUUCAAGGAGAUUAUCAGCGCAGCACUCAGAGGAGUGGGAGUGUACAUCCUUCUGGAUGAUUCCCAGGUCAGCAGCUUCCUCAACAUGUCCCGCAGUGUGGGCAUUGACAUCCUCGACAUCAAGAACCUUCGUGUUAGGACGGUUCAGGGGGAGCAGUACCAGUGUCGAUCGGCAGUAAAGUUUCACGGAAGUAUGGAACAGAGGUUUAUUCUGGUGGAUUGCCAGACGGUUUUGCAUGGAACAUAUAGCUACACGUGGUCAUUUGAGAAGCUCAACCUGAGUAUGGUCCUAGUUGUCACAGGUCAACUAGUUUCUUCCUACGAUGAGGAAUUCAGAAGAUUAUACGGCCGUUCCAUCCUUCCUGUAGCUCUGUCCAGUUGGAGUCUAUUGUCUACAUACCCGAAGUCCAGUCAGCUUUCUCUCAACCACCUUCACAUGAAAUCCAGACCAACACCUAACAUGAGAGGUGUAAUGAAUGACAGAUUUAACAAUGCAGCCCUGUUAAACAGGGGUUUCAGUGUCCAGGAGAUGUUGCAUCAGUCUCACUUCACAGACGCAGGAAACCUAGUGAGAGGUCACAGUUAUGGUGCAGACCUGCAUAAGUAUAAUUCCAUGACCCGACUGAGAAUGGGAACCAAGAACCUUGGAUUUCCUUUUGCUCCUGGAAGAACAGGCUCCGCCCUGAAGCACUGUAGAGAUGUGCAGCAACCGAACAUGGCGUUUCAGCAGCACGUCAGGCACCAGACUCGCUAUGGUGUAGACCACAAUCUGAUACCAUUCAACUCUGAAACAUCACUUCACAAAUGGAAGAUCGACACAUACUUAAGAGAGAGUGAUAUUUCUCCUGAUGCAUCAGGUGAUGCACACUCCCCUAUGAUAUCUCCACAUAGUAGUCACACAGGCUUAAAUGAGUAUCAGUCACAGCUGAUUCACUGCAGGUCGAUGGACAUUAGGUCUAGAAUGGAGGAAAUGAGGCAAAAAAGGCUAAGUCUGCAGGAGCAUGCCUAUCCCAGGCAAAGCCAAGAAUCCUUGAGGUCUUUGUACUCAACUUCAGACAGACAGCAAUAUAUGAGACCUCUUCAAGGAAGACCAAGGGUGGCAGAAAUGGAUCCAGAAAACAUUAGCAAUCUGAAAGACAGUGAACUCUAUAAGGAAGCUGACAAAACAGAGCAAAUCUUUAUUGAUGGUAAACGUUCUGUCUCUCACAGCAAUAUGAAAAUGGGUGCAGAUCAAAAGGAUAACUCUGCUCUUACAAGGACACGAUCAAAUUCUGAAUUAGAUUCAAAACUGACCGAUUCAACUCUCAAGAUCUCUAAUUUGCUUUCUGGUGGUCUAAGGCACUCCAGGGUCAGGGAGUCUUUGACUGAGAUUCCUGAAGAAAAAGAGGCAUUAAACUCUUGUGGUGAUAGGUUUGAGUCAGUACUUAGAGAGAAAAAGGAAGUGAGGUCUAAAGAUGACAAAGUUGGUCCUCCAAGAGAAGAAAACAAAUCAAUUCACAGAAAUCUGGCAGAAUCGUGUCCUACGGUGGAGCUUCAAAGAGGUCCUACAAAGAGGGAGCACACACAGCAGGAAGGAUCAGAACUCCAGAGAAAGAACUGCAUGACAACAAUUACAGACAAUAAAAAGAAAGUUUCCAGAAAAGAGAAGUCCCUCCAACGGUACUUACUGAAAUCUCAGAACACUUUAGGCUCAAACCAAGCACUCCAGACGGAUCAUUCUAAAGCAUCUUCUUCAGGGCGACUGACAGAAAUGUCCCAGUCACAAAACUCUCACAGAGGGCCAUCGGGAACUGAAAAACAGACAGCAAAACAGAAAUAUCCUUUCUCAAAGCUGUCUCCUCAGAGAUCAAGCAAAAGAAAGACAAUCCCUUCAGCAGAUCAGGACCAAGGCUUAAGCAGCCCUCCAGACAAUGAACCAGCGCUGGCCUCUCAAAUCAAGAGAGAAAGAGCUUACAGUCGCUAUCAGUACUCAAUUAGCACUGAAAACAUCUGUGUGGAUAAGCAAGAAAGUUUGGGAAGUAGCUCAGACCAAGUGAAUAGCUUGUCCAUGAACAGGCAGGGUGAUGCCUUUCAUGUGCAUCAAACACAUGGGGGUGCUAACAACAAACUGGGGCGACUAAUGCAGCGGAUGGGAAAUCUCAUCAACAAAAACAAAUAAAAAGAUCCAGAAGGGGUACUGGUCAGUUUGCCCCUUCACCAUUUUGGACAUUUACAGUUGUGGCUAAUCUAUCCCAUGUUAAUUUGUUCAAUUAAAGGUAAUCUAUAUUUCUCAUAGUCUAAUAUGAAUCUAAUGACUUAAAUCUACUAGCGGGGCUUAUGAACUGUCAUUUUUUAUUAGAGGCACCAAAAUAAAAGGGAAUGCAAAGUCUUCAAAAAAGACACUAUUUUAUGAAAUAAUAUAUAAGAUUUUGCCAAUUAAUGAUUGUUUGUCUCCAAAAAUCGUGACAUACUCACCCAUAAUAAAAAAUAAAGGGAUAUGCCUUUGUUUGAGUACAUGGGUUCAAAAUCCUUUGUUUACAGGUAAGAAAUGGAUGAAGGAAAGUAUGUAAUAGCUGUGAAUAGGUAGAAAAUAGGGAUAUGAACUGACAAAGUGGCAAACUGACCCUUGGUCAAAGUUGGGACUUCUUAUUCUUACUUUGUUUUGUUGUGUGUAAUUUUGGAUCCAGUAUGCAGCCUAAUGUUUACACACCAGCACUUUAUUUUUUCUGUUGAGGAGUUUUUUUUAAAUAUGGCUGUCAGGAUGAUGUCUCAUAGCAGUAGCAACAGACAAGAUGUUAUAUUUAGAAAUCUCCAACUUGUGGAGUUUUUAUUAGUAGCAGGGUGAACAGGUAAAACAGGGGUAAGCAAGGAGUAAAUGAUAUGCUUCAAGCAUCCAAAACAAAUCUACGUAAAUUUUUACCAUAUACUCAUGGGGAAAUAAAAAGUACUUUUCCAUUUUUAGCUUCAUAUUACUUUUAGUAGACUGUGAGAUGGUGAAAUCUGUUCAUUCAUUUGAAUAAACAAAGAGUGUACUUUCUUUUUCCAUGACUAUCUGGUCAGCCCUAUGUCUUAAUUUACAUUUUAAAAUCUUUUUUUUAAAAGCAAAUGUUUUCGAAGUGAUCUGGUUGAUGUCCCUGUGGACAAAGAGGGACUCUACAUCUUACCCCUACCCACUCAUGACCUAUACCUCAUACUGUUUCUACUGGAACAAAAGACUCUGUCUUUAUGUGGUUGCAUUAAAUAUAUACUUACCUCAUGAUUUUUAGAUGUGUUUACUGCAUUUUGUAUUGGGCUUCAGAUGCAUAUUUAUUAUUUUGAAAAGAAUAGGCAAUUUUGUAUUGUUUUGAAUUUGUUUCCACAUGACAGCUAAUUAUUUUCUGAAAGUAACCAGUCAAGUUCAGACCUGAAAUAAGAAUGCAGCAAUUUAAAAAAAAUAAAAAUCACAAAACAUAAA